UUGGCCUCUAUUCCACUUGUUCUAAUUUAGUUUUGUUCAACUCAAUGUGACCCCACGAAAAGGACCCAUCAAUGUUUUGGUUUUGUUAAUAUUAGCAAAACAGUUCUGAUCUAGUUUAAAACAACUGAAAUUAAAGUAAUAAGAGUUUGUUUAAUAAAUUAAAGUAAGUAUAGUUUGCUUUAGGUAGCAUUUGAAAGCAAAAAUUUAUAUCAUGGAUAGAUUCAUCAAACAUAAAUCUGGAUGUAUGACACAGUUGACCCAACUAUUCUGCCAGCACUCUUCUCUUUCGUAAUUUGUUUGUCCUCUUCUGUAAUUAGGAAGUCAUUUAUAAUUGAAAUACUUGUCAUCAAGUGAAGGUCAAGAUAUUCUUUUAGAAGACAAUAUCCUAUCAGAUAAAACAUGGGAUUUAAACAAAGAAAUGGAAUAAAUUAUUGUGAUCACUUAAAAAAAAAAUUAAAAAAAAAAUCUCCAAUUUAUUCAAUUCAUGAGAGGAUUGAACAAAAUUCAUAAGCCAUUGACAUCAUUGAAAUUAGCUGCAACUUGCAAGCUUCAAUAUUUUAUUUCAGUAAUGAUUUCAUACAAAUAGCAGCAUUAAUUGGACUUAUCCGAUGUAGUUAGAUAUAUAUUCAGAACUCAUUUCAGCAAUAAAGGUUCAACUAUUUGGACCAUUCUCAGCUUCACAAGAGGAUGGCUUCUCUUUCAAUGGAGGAUUUUGUUGGGAAUGGAUCACUAAAGGAACUUCUUCCAAAGCUAAUAGAAGAAGGUUGGGAUGAUGUACCGACGUUUAAGAUUAUGAAUUCACAGGAUAUGGAUGGAGUAAACAUGACUCAACAACAAAAGGAUUCACUGGAAAUCAGGUCAUACCUGCAUGAUCGCGCUCUGAUGCAAUAUGGAGACAGACUAGAGGCCUCUGGAAAAUGUCUUCCCGAGCUUCUUGGCCUGAGCACCGGAGAUCUUUCCACUCAAUUUGGUAUAAAAAGAGGUCACAUCGCCUGCUUCACGGACAGAACCAUUGCAUGUGCAGCAGCCCCUUUGCCACCAUCAUGUGCUCUCCCUUCAAGAAGAAGAACCACCACACUUCCUACAAGUAAUAGCAUUUACAAGAGUGAGUUUAUUUCAGUCAACUCCAUAAAAAUGCAGAGUAUGACGAGAUCACCUGCAAGAAGCAAUACCAACUAUGAUGUGUCAGCAGAGCGAUCAAUGGUUGAUUUGAAGAUCAAAGAUGGACAUAUCUUUAAGGGGAUUGUGGCUGCUGCUCCUGCCGAGCCCAGAGCAUGUGGUUGUGUACAGCCUCCCCCAAUAGUUGACAAUGUUGCUCCAUAUUCUGCUAUUGAAAACAUCUCAAUGCAGAAACUAACUCCGGAAUAUAAGAUUGGGAUGGAAUGUUUGGUGAAAACAAAGACACCCCCGAUGAAGGCUUCGGAACUAUGGCAUGAUAAACCAGCUGUACUCGUCUGUAUCAGGCGUCCAGGGUAAAAGACUUUUGGCCUCGAUAUUUGGGUGGUUCCAUGAUCUACAACAAAGACAUGGAAUUUUUCAAAGCUCUUGGUGGAGGGAAGCUUCUCAAGGACAAGUUCAUGUCGGGUUUUUUGUUCAACCCUCGAGCUAUUGCAAAUUACAAGCGUGCAAAAGCAACUGGAAUGGAGCAGAAUUUCAAGGGUGAAGGUGAAAUAAAAGGCGGACUCUUUAUAGUCAGCAGAGGAAGGAGUGGAAUUGCCUAUCAAUUUAUAGAGAGAAAUUUUGGAGUCUGGGCACCUCUUCCUGAAGUGAUUGAAUGCUUGUAGAUUUCUCUAACCCAGAACUGUCCAGCUUCUCUCCCGUGAAAGUUCUAUUUUAAUAAGCCUUUCUUAACCCUUAUGCAGAACCAACAGCAAAGUCAGUGGGAGUCUUCCAAAACAACACAAGGGAAUGAAUAAAUAUGGACAUUUUUUUCUUCUACAUAUUGUAUAGCCUUGAAAUCUUCAUAUAAUUUAUGUUCCUUGUAAUUCUAUUAUAUGUAGAGCACUUAUUAUUUAAUUCUGUUGUUGUAUUUACAAAAAUAUGUAUUUGUUCAUUAUGUAAUUUGUGGAAUAUAUUUAAAAUUUCUAGUCUCCAAUAGCGAAAAAGGUCAUGUAGCUGACCCCACUUAAUUGGGACAAAGGCUUAGUUUGGUUUGGUUAUUUAAAAUUUAUGGUCUCCAAUGAAUAUUGUGUAUCCAUUUUUUUUUUUUUUAAUGACCAACAAACAUAGAUUUUAUUAAUCAAAGGUAGAAGGGAACAAAAAGAGGACAAGAAGUCCUCUUUAGUGAAGACAACCACAACAUGCCAAAAGAAACAAAACUAAAAAAACAUUUAUACAUUGCAAACCACUUUCCAAUCUCUAGAAAAUAAAUAUAAAAAAGAAAAGAAAAGUGGAACCCCUGUGAAUGAAGGGGUGAUAUAAGCCCAAAAUGACGCAAUGACACUUUUUUGCCGAAGUCCUCAAAAAUCCUUGCAUUCCUUUCCAACCAUAUUUCCCAAAAAAGUUGCAAAAGCAAACAUAUCUCCACAACACUUCUCUCUUCAUGAAUCCAAAUCCUCAAAAUUCAAUUACAAUUUACAAGCAUUUGAGUGCACUCCACCAGGGUCACCCAAUGUAUGCCGGUCAAUUGAGAACAAACAUUACCAAAGAUUCAGAGCUAUUGAGCAAUGUAAGAAAAGAUGAUUCAAGGAUUCCCCAUUCCUCCUACACAAAAUGCAAUAUUGAGGACUAAGAUAGAGAUUAGGCCUCCGUGCUUGAUAAACAUCGUUAGUCAGAAUGCUUCCAUGAACCAAGGUCCAUAUAAAGAUGUUCACUUUAUGAUGCACAAAAGCUUUCCAAAUUCUUUCAUGAAAUGGAAACAAAUAUCAAUGAUUUUGUCAAAGAAAGAUUUACUUGAAAAAACGCAUGAAAAAUGAAUGAACCAAACCCACUUAUCAUCCUUAUUUGUAGACAAAGAGACCCCCUCUAGUAAAGACAACAAAGACACCCACUCCAGAUUUUCCCUAUCAUUAAGACUCCUAGAGAAAUUUAAAUCCCAAGAGAUUGGUGCCACACAAGACAAUGC